AUGAGUGAAGAAACUAUGAAUAAGAAUGCAGAAAAUUCCAAUAACAACCAGGUAAAAGAAACUAAAAUCAAGGGUCCAAACGUUAGUGGAAGACCAUGGAAGGCAGAAAAAGAGCCAUUUAGACCAAAGGGUAGAGUGGUAAAAAAUAAAACUUUGACAUCAUGGGAAUUGAAGAAGCAAAAAAGACUGGAGGAUUUACAAUUUAAAGAAAGAUUGAAAGAAUUAAAGAAUGAGAAAGAAACACUUCGUCAAAAUCGUAUAAAUUUAUUACGUGAGAGAAGAGAGAAGAAGGCAGAAAGAGAAAGAUAUGAAAAAAUGGCUGCUAGGAUGCAUGCUAAGAAAGUGGAAAGAUUAAGAAGAAGAGAAAAGAGAAACAAAGCUUUAAAAGAACGUUGA